CCAGGACGUUUUUCUAUGUCCUUCUGUGUUAAACCGAAACUCACUUUUCAGGCUUUAUCUCUCUGUGCGUGACUCGCUACAAAAGGUUUUUGGGGGAGAGAGCAGAGCAGCCGUAGCAAUUUGAACAGAACGCAUGCGUGAAAGCUUGAUUAAGUUUCUUUUUAAUCCAGUGAAUAGUUUGGGAGAAAAAAGACAAAGUAUUUUAAAAGAGAAUUUUUCGUAUGUUAAAAAAAAACAACUUAAUAAAAGGCUCCUCAUUUGUCUCGUUUUGUCACAAAACAACGUGUAAUUUAGACAUCCAGUCACGGUGGAGAAACGGUACUUGACAGUUUGCGAUUGGUGAAGUGAAGGUGGUUCUCUCGGUCCCAGGCGUUGCGCUUUUGAGGUCACACAAUGAUGCUGUCAGGGAUUGACCUGGAGCAGCUGGCUGAAAUAGAAUUGCAGAAGGAUGAAGAAGAGCAGAAGAGUGUUGGAGGCAGUCUGUCCACCCCCGCAUCAGUGCCUCAUGAAGCAUCCUAUCUCGAUAUCAACCAUGCUUACUAUGAUGUGGCUAGGCAUGGAAUCAUCCAAGUGACAGGCGACGACAAUUAUGGCAGGAAGCUGGUUGUGUUUAGCUGCUGUCGCAUGCCUCCCUCCUACCAGCUCAAUCACCAGAAGCUGCUGGAGUACCUGAAGUACACGCUGGAUCAGUACGUGGAGAGCGAUUACACUGUGGUCUAUUUCCACUUUGGUCUCCGGAGCACCAACAAGCCCUCUCUGAAGUGGCUGCAGCGCGCCUACAAAGAGUUUGACAGGAAAUACAAGAAAAACCUCAAAGCCCUAUAUGUCGUUCACCCUACCAACUUCAUUAAAAUCUUGUGGAAUAUUUUUAGACCUCUCAUAAGCCAUAAAUUUGGAAAGAAGGUUACAUACGUCAACUAUCUGAGUGAACUGAGGGACCAUCUCAACUGUGACCAGCUGGUAAUCCCUCCAGAAGUGAUCAGGCAUGACGACAAGCUGCGCGCAACACAGAAAGGAGGCCCCCCUCCGCCAGCAAAGACCCCCCCGCCCCGACCUCCUCUCCCCACACAGCAGUUUGGGGUGACCCUUCAGUACCUCAAAGACAAAAAUCAAGGAGCAGUAAUCCCCCCUGUUGUGAAGUACACUGUGUCCUACCUCAAACUAAAAGGGCUUCGUACCGAGGGCUUGUUCCGAAGGUCAGCCGCGAUUCAAGCCAUCAAGGAGAUCCAGAAGCUCUAUAAUUUAGGAAAGCCUGUGAACUAUGAUGACUACGGUGACAUCCACAUUCCCGCAGUGAUCCUGAAAACGUUCCUCCGGGAGUUGCCGGAGCCCCUGCUAACCUACGACCUGUACGAGCAGGUCCACAGCAUCACCAGUGUGGAGAGCAGUCUUCGUGUGAGCCAGUGUAAAGAGACUGUGGAGAGCCUGCCAGAACACAACUACGUGCUGCUGAAGUACCUAACCUGCUUUCUGCACAUGGUGUCUCAAGAGAGCAUCCACAACAAAAUGACUCCGUCCAACCUGGCCUGCGUGUUUGGGCUUAACCUGAUCUGGCCGCCCAGGGGCACGGCAUCACUAGGGGCUCUCAUGCCUCUAAACAUGUUCACAGAGCUGCUGAUUGAACAUUACAGCAAGGUCUUCAGCUCCCGCACACCACCCAGUGAAGUGCUGCCCUAAUGCAGAGGGACCAUAAGGAGCCACGCUGAUCACUUCCACAGCGUGAAGACACCACCACUCCUUCCACUGCCCAGGGAGUACACGUCUUUCCAGAACCGACAGGCACUGUUUUAGUGGGGUCUAUUCAAUUACCACCACUUUUUUUUUUAAAUAUCAAAAUGAGAUUAGGAUACCAUUAAGAGAAUCUCACACACUGUUAAGAGGUGAUGUUUUUCACAAAGUUUGAGUGAUUCAAAUUACAGUGUUGUUCAGCCCCCAAGUUUAGAUCUGUCGGAUAGACCAGGGGUAGGCAAUUCCAGUCCUGGAGGGCCAGUGUCCCACCUGG